CACGAGCAAUUGAUCUUUGAUUGCUUUGAAUCUCACAAUGGCAGGAGUCACUCAAGAGAAGACUCCCCUGGUCGAGUCGCCGUACUUGCGCUCGCUUCUGGCAGGCGCAGUGGCAGGCACAACAGUAGACACAUCCCUCUACCCACUCGACACCCUUAAAACUCGUCUUCAAUCCUCCUCAGGCUUCCUCGCCGCAGGUGGUUUCCGCGGCGUCUACGCAGGCGUCGGAUCCGCAAUCGUCGGCUCCGCUCCAGGCGCCGCCCUCUUCUUCGUAACCUACGACGGCCUCAAACGCUCCCUCUCCUCGCCUACCCAUACGACCACUCAGUCCGCCUUUGUACACAUGACAGCAGCGAGUUUGGGAGAAGUGGCAGCGUGUGCGGUACGAGUGCCUACGGAGGUCGUCAAGCAAAGGGCUCAGGCGAAACAAUUCCCGAGUUCGAGGGAGGCGUUUACGAGUAUUCUGGAUUUGAGGAAGAGCAGAGGAUGGGGUGUUAUGGCGAGGGAGUUGUACCGUGGGUGGGGUAUCACGGUCAUGAGGGAGGUGCCGUUUACGGUCAUCCAGUUCCCUAUGUGGGAGGGUAUGAAGAGGUGGGCUGCUAAGAGGGAUGGCAGGGAGACGGCUACUGGCUUCCAGUCUGCCGUGUUUGGAUCUGUAUCUGGUGCUAUCGCUGCUGCGUUGACGACGCCGUUGGAUGUGCUGAAGACGAGGAUGAUGUUGGCAAAGGAGAAGGUGUCGGCAUCAUAUCUGUUGGGCAAGAUUUACAGAGAGGAGGGCAUGAGGGCUUUCUUCAAGGGUGUUGAGCCUAGAGUCACUUGGAUCAGCAUUGGUGGUGCUGUUUUCCUGGGAAGUUACCAGUGGGCGAGCAAUGCAUUGGGAGGCGUCAACUGAUGCAUUUGUACAUAUACUAAACAACGCAUAAGCAUGUACGAAUACCAAUAAACGGAGUCGAAUCUA